AUGCUAAGACGUCUCAUAAUAGGUCUCGGAAUAUUUGUUUUGGCGACAGGAAAUGUCCAGUUUAAUAAUUUUGCUGAUACAAGUUGCGGAAAACGGAAAAUCACUUCUCGGUAUGGUAAAAUUGUUGGAGGAGAAAAUGCAAUAAAAGGGGAAUUUCCAUGGUUGGUGUCUUUGACAAGAAGAGGAGGGCAUGUUUGUGGAGGCACAGUCAUUUCUAAAAAGUUUAUUCUAACUGCUGGGCAUUGUUUAUGCACUGGAUUGAAUCAAGGCAUUUUCAAGCCAGCCGCUUUGAAAGUUACCAUGUCACAAUACGAUCUAACUAUAAAAAACAGUGAGGCAUACCAAAUGAACGUGAAAGCCAUAACUAUUCAUCCAGGAUACGUUUGUUCUCAACCGAAGGAUGAUAUAGCUAUACUGGAACUGGAAAAAGUGAUUCAUUGGUCAGACAGCGUAGGUCCUGCUUGUUUACCAAGUGGAGAAGAGUCCCAAGCUGCUAGGAAUUUCGUAACUGUAGCUGGUUGGGGCUGGACACAUGAGGAUAGUAGCAAAGGACAGCGAGCCACCAUUCUGCAAAAAGCAAAAUUGAGCUUAAUCAAUAUGAGAGAUUGUCGAGAAUGGUACGCAUCGCAAGGAAAAGAUAUAAAAAUUCAAGACAGUCAUAUUUGCGCAGGUUACAAACAAGGUGAAAUCGAUGCUUGUUGGGGAGAUAGUGGUGGCCCUUUGAUGUCAAACAUCGAUAAGAAUGGAAACCAAACCAUCGUAAUUGGAGUGGUAUCAACUGGAAUAGGAUGCGCAAGGCCUUAUCUUCCUGGAUUGUAUACCAGAAUUUCUGACUAUAUAUCUUGGAUCCAAAAGACAAUUCAAAAAUAAAUUUACACUCUGUGAUAUUUUGUGAUACAUUAAGUUUUACUACACUCUAGUCCGAAAUUUAAGCGACAAUGGAUUGAAUUAUCUAGAAAGGUUCAAAAUUAUACGAGGGUCGCUUUGUUUUCAACCUUCGAUCGCUACGCAGGCAGAAGAAAGGGGGCGUCAGUCGGCGUUGUGCUACAGCCACGUAAAUAUGUCCGCCAUUAUUGAUGCUCCCGUCAAGUGUGAAUUGCGACAUGUGAUUCGUUUUCUACAAGCUGAAGACCAUAAUGCUGCAGAUAUACAUCGAAAAAUGAGUCGUGUGUAUGGGGAUAACUUCAUGAGUGAUGGUGUUCUGCGCGAAUGGUGACAAAAGUUUGAAGAAGGCUGUAAUGAUGUGCAUGAUGACUGGUUUAACGAGUUUAAAGAUUUACCAUCACUGCUCUGUCUACGGAAUUUCCAGAUUCAAGGUAUGUUUUGUUACUGAACGGUUAGGCUACAUUGGCGACAACUUUUUUUGAAGAGGGUAUUGAAAAGCUUGUCCACAGAUUUCACAAAUGUCUCAAUCUCUUCGGUGAUUAUGUCGAAAACUAAGUGUACCAAUGUUUUGGUAAUAGAAUUAUUCUUUUAUAUGAACUUUUAUUUAUAAACUAUCGGAGGUUGAAAAGAAAACGGCCGUCAUAUUUAGAAAGCUACAAAAUUAUAUAUUUAGGUAGCUACUUCUUGUCAUCGUUAUAUUUAUCGGUUUAUCUUAAUUUUUCAGAGUUUGAAAAUUACUAUGUGUAAUCAAAAAAUUUUUAGUUAUUACAAGAACCAUGGACAAUUUAUUUAGAUUUCACCAAUUUCUUCACUUGAAGUAUUUACCAAAACAUCACUGGAAUUGCGAUAGCAAGUCUCUUAAUUUUAAAUCUUCCAUAAAUGUUAGAAUUGAAGGUAGUUAUUAUGAAAAUAUUGUCGUUUUGGAAUUUUGUAGUAUUGGUUGUUGUCGUCAAAGAUGGACGGAUGAUUCACAUUACUAAUUUUUUAUUUAAUAUUUCUAUGGUACUCUUGAGUCAGUUUUAGCAGUUCUUGUAAAUUCUUUUCUUGUAAAUAAUUUCCUGUGACAAGAUAUUUAGAUUGAAGGGUCCUUUAACUUUAACUGUCCUCUUCCAAUAUGUGUUAUUAGAAUAAGAAACAGAAUGAAAUGUAGAUUAACUGGACUAAUAAGUUAAUUUAAAAUACUGUUGACAUAUCGGUAAUUUAUAGCAGUCAAAUAUUCGGAAAAAUUAAAAAGUCGAAAGGAUUUUCAAUGCUCGUUCUGAAAAUCCUAGCCCCGAAUUUUCUCGUUGAUUCGAUAAAAAGGUAUUAAUUAAAACCGCGGUUGCAAAUUCAGAUUAGACAAUAUUUUUGAUUUCCGGACCUUAGUGUCCUCUGGAAAAACUAAAAACACCUAUCAAAUAUUCCUAAUUCUCUCUUUUCAAAAAUAUUCUAAAGUCUUAUGGAUACCUAACAAAAAAUUAACUAAUUAUUCAGGAUUAUUCAUUGCGCCCAGGCUCAGGGUCGGAAAUAAAAAAUAUUUUCUAAUCUGAAUUUGCACCCACGGUUUUAAUUAAUAUCCUUUUAUCGAAUCAACAAGAAAAUUUGGGGUUAGGAUUUUCAGAACGAGCAUUGAAAAUCCUUUUGACUCAUAUAUUUUUUUUAAUUUUUCCGAAUAUUUUGCUGCU